AUGGAGGAUUUGAAGUUCAAAUUCUUCGGCCUCAUUAACAAGCAGAAUGCAACCAAAGUACCCCUUAUGGGUCUGAAUCCUGAUUUGCUUAACCCACCUGAUUCGCAAAAAUGUGAAGAUCUACGUUCCGAGGCCGAUCAGUCGACAGAGAGCGAGCCUAUACCCGACCAAGAUAUAGAAUCAAUCGAAGGCAUCUAUUUUAAUAUGGACGGUAGUUUCGACCCAUCUCGCUACGAAUUGGAAAAAUUGCCGAUGAUAUUGCACUCCAAGGAAAUUGAAAAGUGUUACAAGAAACUCAAGCAACAACAUCAAGUUGUGUCUAAGAAAGUAUUGCAGCUUAUCAUGCAGAAGCAGUUCGCCUGUAACACGGAAUUUGAGAAGAUUCUGCUGCUGCAGGAGCAACUGCAAGAUGUGUUGGAGAUAUGUAAAAUAGGAAGGGCAGAUCUAAAAUUAGCCAAGGAGCAGUUCACGACAGCAAGCUUAGGUAUACUAGCUAAUUAUCGGAAACGACAAGCGGUUGAGGAUCUGUUGAAUAAUCUAAACACUAUAAAAACACUGCAACGUACAGGGGAUCGUCUGCAGGAGCUUCUGAACGAAGGGAAUUACCCCGGAGCCAUAUCACUUCUCCUCGAAUGCCAAAGUGCCGCUCAGACUUACAAACAUUUCCACUGCAUCGCCAAAUUGAACGAAAACCUGCAAGAUAUUCUGGUGCAGGUGGAGGAAGCUUUAGACACCACACUUUCCAAAAUGUGUACGAAUUUCGACGUAGCGGUGUACGCAUCCAUUCAAGAGGCUUACACCUUGUUGGGCAAGACUCAAUCCGCCAUGGAUCAGCUACAUCUGCACUUCAGCGCUGCCAUUCACAAUACCGCAUUGGCCGCUGUGCACGGUUACGCAGGAGGCGACAUGAAGAGACAGUACAAGCAAUUGUGCCAGGCUGUGCCUCGAGAGAAGUGCAUAGCCUGCCUCACGGAACUGUGCAAAUCGUUAUGGACGAUACUGAGCUCGUAUUAUCUAGUUGUAAAUUGGCACAAUGCGCAGGAAGAUAAGGCGGAGUGUAAGUCCGACGUUAAGGAUUUAGAGGCAACCUUCAGCAAGCAAUACGUCAAGCAUAAGCUGGAGAACAGUAUGGUACGAGUGUGGCACGAUGUGGAAACAAAGAUAUCGACAUAUCUGACCAAUACUGACUUGACGCACACUAAGUUUGAACAGUUCGUUCAAGUGCUGGGCAUAGUCAAUAGGCUGGUCGAAAUCGGAGAAGAGCUGUGCGGCUACAAAUCGGAGAACCUACAGGAGUCCAUUAAGGAGCAAUCCUCGUCUUACUUCUCUCAUUACCACGCGUCACGUUUGGACGAAUUGAGGAUGUAUUUGGAGAACGACGGUUGGAAUUUGUGCCCUGUGAAGUCGAAUUUCGUGGCCACGCAGUUACUAGAGUUCCGAAGUUUGAAGCCUUCUCUCAACAACUGCAAAGUGUGGAACAGCCUCGACAGUUCGAACUUGAGCGACAGCGACAAUUCGGGCAUCGAUUGGCUGCAGAAAUACCUGGAGGAUGGCUCGUCGCCGUUCACGAUAGGAUUGGAUGACAGCAUGGAUGAGGAUAUUAUGAUGAAAGAUGAUCUGGCUAAUCAACCAGCGUAUUUUUCGGAUGAGUCCGACGACGACAUUCCUGAUGAACUGAAACACGAGUACGUCGAUGAGCCAGAUCAUGCGAGAGCCAGUAAAAAGAAAUGCAAGCUCAAACAGACCGGGCCUAUGGUCACGAACACGACGUUAAGCAUACUGAGAGUGUGCGGCAAGUAUCUACAGAUGUCGAGGCUUUUACGGUCGAUCGCGGUCACUGUCAUAGAGAGCAUGAUACAAUUUUUCGAGCUAUGUUUCUACACAGUACACUUAUUCUUUACGUCAGACCUCCAAAUCAACAGUGACUCGUUGUACAGCCCGAAAUUAAAGCUGUCCUUAACGCGAAUCAGAGAGAAUCUAAUUGUCUCUGAGAACGAUACGAUUGAGGACAAUGGCAAUGCAAAAUACAACAAAGUAAGACAACCACAGCUUUCGUCCAUUGUGAAUUUGUCGCAGCCUGAGAAACUUCACGGAUUAGCGGAACGUAUUGUAGCUGUCGAGUCUCUGAUAUUUUUAGGCCAACAAUACGAAGGCCUGAGGCCGUACUUAGAGCAUCUCAUUAUCAACAGUCCUCAAAGAGGAUUCUUGCAUCAGUUUUAUAUGCAAACGAUAGCGUCUACCGUAGAUCUGAGAAAGCCGGUUUACAUGGCGGUAGUGUCGCAGGUGUUCGAUGUCGCGAACAUUUUAAAUCUAAUGAAUAGAGUCAAUUGGGAGGUGACGGACGUCAUGUCGCAGCACAGCAAUUACAUCGACGCAUUGAUCCAAGAAGUAUGCACCUUGAACGAAAGACUCAACGCUAUCGGAACGUGCACUCCCUUACAUGUGGACGUGUGCAACGCGGUAUGGGAGAAUGUAGCUCACUUAAUCACACACACUUUGGUGGAAGGAUUCUCCAACGCUAAGAAGUGCUCGAACGGCGGCAGAGCGCUGAUGCAGUUGGAUUUCACACAGCUGAAAUCGAAGUUCGAGAAAGUGACGUCGUUGAGACCUAUGCCGCACAGGGAGUAUGUUGAACUGUACAUUAAAGCGUACUACCUUCCCGAGAACAGCUUCGAAGAAUGGAUCAAGGAGCACAAGGAAUACUCGGUUAAGCAUUUAGUCGGCUUGAUAUCGGCGGCUUGUCAGAACAAUAAGAAAACCCGACAGCGAUUGACAGCCCUCGUGGAGGAGCAACGACCCAGCAGAUAGCAUCCAACCAUUUAUUACAAACCUCUACAGAAUUACAUCGAAAUAGGAAGCAUAUGAAGAACGAGCGGUACAGAUGCAACGAUUAAAUACGGGAGAUUGAUCGAUGAUCGUGCUGUUGAUUGUACAGUAGAAUGAUUUUUUAAAUACGUUAACACGAAUCCGGUCAGAUGUUCGUGUUGAAAUAUUCUAUCGAAGAUCUUUAAAUUGCGAGAACGAGCGCGAAACCCGACAAAUCACACUUCGAUAUAUUUGCGAGAAAUAUUCUGUGUAUAUGAAUCUCAGUUUCGCGAAAACGCUUCUAUUAUGUACUAAUUGUUAGUAACUUUAGCUCUAAUGUAUAUAUAUUUACAGACAUUUUAACACACAUAGGUUUUUACUAGUAUUUUAGGUUCCGUAAAGUUAAACUACACGUGCGAAUUGGCGAAUCGGAAUGUGUACGAUGAAAGCUUUAGCUUAUUUUUAAUACGCCAUCUCUUGAGAGCAAAAAUGCGCGGUUACGGGAAUCUCGUAUGUGAAUCUGUAAGUUUGUAAGUAAAUCGAAGUCUUAACUCGGAGAAGAUAUAAAAAGUCGACAAUUGAUUUUACAUUUUGCAUAAUGAAGAAAUAGGGGAGAGAAAUGUAUAUGCAAUCUGGAACGUGUAGUAAUAACCUUAAGAAAGGAAUGAGAUGGUUUUCGUUUGAAUGAAAAGAAAUGUGAUAAAAUGAAUUCUUGCGUUUGUUUAUAUAUAUAUGUGUAUGUAAUAUAUGGAUUUUUUUUUUUACUUUAGUCCUUUGUAUAAACAACUUCGAUUUUUUUCGCCUAGAUUAUAUUCUCAUGCGUGAAGAGGCAGAGCAAAUGUGUUUUAAAUACAUGACGUUUAAACGUGCAUUUCUCUCGCUUUCGUGCUAAAUAUAUUAAAUGUUAAUUCGUUAACAGAACAUCUCGAAACUAGGGCGGGAAACGAGGAAAAUCAUGACCGUUAACGUCGUCACUCAUAUAUUCUACAUACAACUAACCAUGCAGAUUAUUGGAACAAUAAAAAACCAUGACUUCUCUUACAAAAUUUUGAUAUCGUUAUUCUAUUCAUUCUCUUGUCUCAAUUAUUCCUAGUGUAAAUAUGAGUAGAGCAAGUACCAAGGUAAGAUACCAAG